GUUGAUACAUCGCCAUUUCCCUUUCAAGUCGCCCGAUGAAGCAGUUUGGUGAAAAAAAAAAUCACAAUUGCUCAUUUACGGCAUGCUUGGGUUCUAACUUGAAAAAUCUAAGCCAAAACUGGAGGUGUGUCGAUUGCGUGUUUCUCAGGUGGAGCAAGUAGUAUUACGCGUUGUAGAGAACCGACAGUCGUGUUUUGGAGUGAACUUGCUUUCUGUUUGUUUAUAACAGACUAUUGACAGUUAAAGGAUUAUCGCUGUUUCUGUGUUGGGAAAAGUCAAAAAACCUAUAUUCUAUACAAGAUCCCUUGAAACAAAGUAAAAUAUAAGGAGUGAAAGAUAUUUACCAGGAAUUUCUUCUUUCUUCAUUUCUAACCUUUAUGGGAAAUUUAUGAGUUUUGUUAAGUUGGUACUUUGCAGCUUUUUUUCCUCCAAUGGAAGAGGUAAUGAUUGAAAAUACAGACUUGCCAAAACAAGACAUGGAUGUGAUCACUGACAUUGAACUUUUCAUUCCUGCAGAAGCUGAAGUAAUUGUUGUUCCUUUUUCAUUGUUACCUCAUUCAUUAAUUACAAGAUUACAGGCUGCCUCUGGUUCUUCACAUAGUGGUCAUCAAAAGGAAUCAACGGACUUCACAUUAGUAUUGUGCAUUACUCCUGUAAAAGCUACAAAAGCCUCAAAACCUGAUCUGCUUGGUGGUGAAAAAUCUGCUGGUGAUGGCAGAGCAAACAGCGUUGACCAAAACAAUGCUUCAUUGAAUAAGUGCCUGCUUCCUAUAACUACCUCAAACACAAUAGCUUUUCGUCUCCUAAAAUGUUUUAUGAAGUGCCAUCACUCUUUGUCACAAGAGAUAAAGCAGAUUUACACUGCCACUUCAAACUCUGCUAGAGAGCAGUUUUUCAAGACUGCCCGCAACCUGCUUAUAAUUUACCAUAAUAAAGUGUAUUUGUUGGUAAACAAAGACACAGUUUUAAAGAAAAGCAAGGAGGAUUUCAGAUGUGAAAAGGGUAAGCGUUGUGAUUCUGGAAAAGACGUAGCCAAGUCUACCUUGUUGGUUUCUCCACUGGAUCCUCUGAGAGCUGCUGCUGAGAAUGCAGGACAGAAUUUACUGACAACAGGUCAGGAAGAAAGCAGUUUACCUUCAAACUCUAAGAAUCAAUUGGACUCUGUAAAUAUUAAAAAGCUGAGGGAACAAGUUGGGAUUACAAAAGAUGUGCAAGUUUGUCUGGCUCGAAUCACAGAAGGUGUAAAGCACAAAGCUAGUAAUUCUUUUCCAACUAGUUUACCAAGAGAAGAGAUUGGUAAUGUGUCACCAGGCUCCUCCAUAAAUGAUCUUCCAGAACUAACCGAGUUAGUUAACCAAGAAGAAAAUGAAUAUGAAUCAAGCCCCAAGAAAUCAAAAAUAUGCCUGAACUUGGAAAGAAGUGAAAGAAAAGAUACAGAGAUGAACAUUCCUGUGAAAGACUGUACCUUUGCCUUCAGUUUGGAUGAAAGGCUUUCUCUUUUGGACCCCCUGUCUUUAAAUCAGACACACCCUAAACAUUUUGAUUUUGAUGAUUCCCUAAGACAUGAAAAAAUCAAUCGGAUUAAAGCAAUUUUAAAAGAAAAAGAGGCUAAAGUGGAAUGCUUACGUAACCAAAAUAUGCAUUUGGAAAGUGAUAGUACUGCUCUCUUACCAUGAAAUACUGAUAUUGUUUAAAAAGGAAAGGCAAUUUUUGGUUUGAAAAGCAGUGUCUUGUGGUGGUUUCUCCUUUAUUUUUUUAUAUUUAGCAUGAACACUAAAGUGUCUGAUUUGUAAAUGUUUUUUCUUAUGCUACAGCUAUUCAAUGAUAAUUUAAAUAUUUUCUGGAAUUUUUGACAAAUUUAUAGUUGUAGAAAAGAUUAUUUUAUGGAGUGUGGAGUCUAAUUUUUUAAAAUACAUUUGUAUAUACACUUCCAAAUGAAAAGUGAAUGUUUCAGACUGAUAAGAUUUUUUUAAGUGUGAUUUAAGUAAAAAGGCUUUUCUGGUAAAUACGAAUUAUCAAGUAUGUUUUAACAUUGUAUUCUUUUGGCAUUUUUGUCUCAGUGUUUUUUUUAAAGUUCAAAGCCUUUCUGAAGUAAAAUAUUCUUUUAUCUAAACUUUA